GUUGGACUCAACAUAUGAUAUACGAAGUAUAUGUUGCAUUAUGUGUAUGUGUUUAAGGAUGUAUAUCCAUUAUAUCAAAGAAAGGAACCUAGUCACACGUCAUGUCCAUCAAGAGAAGGUUGGGAGAAGGUAGAGAAAAUUCUUGAUGUUUUGGUGAUUUUCUCUAAUCUGACCAACAUCAUAUCUGAAAGUGAAUACCUAAUGAGCAACCUUUUUCUGCUUGGAGUUUGUAAGAUUAGACAAAGCUUAGACAAUAGGGGAACUGCGUUUGUGAAGGAUAUGGUCUGCCAAAUGAAGAAAAUGUUUGACAAAUAUUGGGGAGAGUGCAAUUUACUCAUGUCUAUCGUUGUUGUUCUUGAUCCAAGGGUGAAAAUAAGGAAGAGAAAGUUUAGUUCUUCUCAGUCCUCUUCAACAAUGAAUUCAUUAGCAUCCGACUUUGAUGAGUUGCAUGCAUAUGUGAAAGUAGAGACUAUUCGGCCAAAUAGAACAGAUUUGGACAUGUAAUUUAAAGAUGAUUGCUAUAUUUGCUCAGAAGGAUCAUCUGAAUUGUUUGAUAUCUUAGCUUGGUGGAGAGUAAACAAAUCAAAGUAUGUACCAUGUUCUUUCAAAAAUGGCAGCUGAUAACUUGGUGAUUCCGAUAACUACAGUGGCUUUUGAGGCUACACUUAGUACUGGAACAAGAGUAAUUGAUGCAUAUCAUGCAUCACUAUCAGUUCAGAUAGUAGAGGCGCUACUUUGUGGAGGAGAUUGGCUAAUAAAUCUUCAUGGGGUGAAAGAAAAGGCCUGCAAAAUGGUGGAGGUAGUUUAAGCCUUUAAGGUACUGAAGAUUUGCAAACAAAUGCAGGUACUUAAGUUGUAGAUCAAUGAGAGCAGCCAAUGCAGGAAGUUCUUUAGUCACAAAAGAACCAAUAGAAAUACCCAGAAGAAUGUCACCUCCGGGCAAAGGAAAUAUGCAAUGUUCACGAAGCAAAGGCGCUGUAUCCACUGUAACAUUUUCCAACACAACAAAACCAUUCAGCAAGGUAAUUCACAACUCCACAGCUGCCUGCAGUGUCUCUUCAUGGGUAGCACCUUGUGCAAAGAACUGCAAGAAACACAAAGAGAAAGACAAACCAAACCCGAUCCCCUCAACAAAAGCUCAAGCAAGUCAAGAAUGAAGUAGGCAACUUUGGGUGGUAUUUGUUGCCAUAUCUUCUUUUUUCCCAUAGGUGGUGGGAGACUGGAGUAGUCCAUCAUUAAUAUCUACAAUCACAGAACAUUCUCUUGUCAUAGUUUCCUCCUCUUGUACAGUAGGAGGCGGUUGCUCCAUGGUUCCUC